AUGGCUCAAUCCGCAUCUCCCUCAAAUCACACCGUCGCGCCCAAGAAUUUCCACAUUUUUGGCAGUGGAAUCUCCUUCAGCAUUUCGCCGACAAUCCACAAUGCCGGAUUCACGAAUUAUGAUCUUCCAUACAAAUACGACAUCCGAGAAUCCCCAAAUAUCGAUGGAGUGGCUGGAUUGAUCUCGGACAAGCAAUUCGGCGGCGCCAGCGUCACAAUGCCGCAUAAGUUGCAAGUUCACAAGUUUUGCACCGAUCAGACGGAGACUGCUCGCUUGAUUGGAGCAAUCAAUACUCUCGUUGUUAAGGGAGAUGGAGAUGAGCGGCAGAUCAUUGGUGAUAAUACGGAUUGGUCUGGACUGCACAGGAUCAUGGCGGAUUAUGCGACGAGGACAGGUCAACGGUCGAAUAUCGGCCUUGUGAUUGGCGCUGGAGGUGCUUCGCGAGCAGCGCUUUAUGCCAUGCACAAAGCAGGCAUCCAGUCUAUCUAUCUCGUUAAUCGGACCGUGGCCACUGCGGAGAAAGUCAGAGAUGAUUUCAAGUCUGUCUUCGACAUCAUCGUCGUCCCCAACCUCGAAGAACUUCCUCAAAACCCGGAUGUUAUCGUGGGUACCGUUCCUGCUGAGACUACAACUGAAGAUCGGUUUUCUGCUCUGUUCGGAGCAAGAGGCCUUUGCAUCGACAUGUCGUAUAAGCCGAGGCAGACACCAUUGUUGAGUGUGGCCCAGAGAAACGAGGGAUGGUUCACCGUGACUGGCGUGGAAGUUUUGCUUGCUCAGGCGUACGAUCAGUUCUAUCUUUGGACGGGGCUUGAGCCACCGAGGGAGAAGAUGGUUGAGGCAGUUGCUGAACACGAGCGCGAGAAGGCCAGGGGAGUAACCAAGGGAGGGUUGCUAUGA